CACAUUUUCUGGCCCCUCCAGACAUGGCCUACUACCAGCCCCCCUCCCAGGCCAUCUAUCAGCAGCCCACCCGGGUGGUGACCCAAGUGGUGACCAAUUCUUUCCGUCACUCCACCUGGAGCACUGGGAUCUGUGAUUGCUGCAGCGACAUGGGCACUUGUUGCUGCGGCCUGUGCUGCUUCCCUUGCAUGCAGUGCCAGACGGCCAGCGAGCACGGCUGGUGCUGCGCCAUGCCGUUGCUUGACUUCUGCUGCAUCGUGUCAUGCAUGCUCCGCUCGUCCAUCAGGGAGCGCCACGGGAUCCCGGGUUCUUGCUGCGACGACUGCUGCAAGCUGAUGUGGUGUUUCCCGUGCACGUGGUGCCAGAUGAACCGCGAGGUGAAGAUCAGGGCCAGAGAGGGCACCACGUCCACUGUCAACACGCAGAUCAUCAGGACCGUGUAGAGCCUCCCAGCGCCCGGCCACACAGCACGACAAUCCCCGUCGUAAUGUUGUGCGCACGACGAGUUCCCACGACAGUUUUCGGUUCAACCAACAUUCUGUUGGGAGUGUUGACAUUUCUAUCCUUUUGUAUAACACGUUGGCGUCAUGUGAUGGUGCCAAAAGUCCGCUAUAUUCACGUUUUUCACUUAGCAGAGCUUUCAGUGUGACAUUGAUCACGAUUAUGUUCAUGUUUGGUUACGUUUAAAGCGCAUUAAAAAAAAGGAUUUUCCAAAGUGCGUGUACAGUGA